AUUGCUCCAGACGAUGGCAGCAAUACAGCUAAAAGGGUGCCGGCUAUCGCAAAAGGAGAAGAAGAAGCUUUACGGAAGUACAAUAGUGACGAAGUCUGCUGUGGUUCAACUAACAGUUGCCGCACUCUAACUGCGAAAGAUAUCAUCAAGACGAAACGGAAAUGAAUCUGGAACGUGUACCUAAUGAAGAAAAGCUCAGCCUUUGCAGGAAAUAUUACCUAGGAGGCUUUGCAUUUCUUCCAUUUUUGUGGCUGGUGAAUGUGGUAUGGUUUUUUAGAGAAGCGUUUGUGAAGCCAACCUACAAUGAGCAACUUCAGAUUAAAACAUAUGUAAAGAGAUCGGCACUGGGCUUACUUUUGUGGGUGGCAGUACUGACAACUUGGAUUACAAUUUUUCAGCACAUGAGAGCACAGUGGGGAGAAGUGUCAGACUACUUAUCCUUCACUAUCCCUCUUGGUGUUGAGUAGGAGCUACGCCGUGGAUCAUAAUUCUCAUUCCCAAACAGCGUUUUUCUGUGAGGUCUUCAUGACACCAUUAAGACCAAAUGAUUUAUGAAUUAUUUUCCCUGCAUUAUUUUUUUGUCAAACUCCCUUGGGGCAAAGAAUAUAUAACAAAAAAUGUAUAACAAUAUAUGAUUUGGAUAUUUACUUAAAAGUGUAAAAUGUACUGGUAAUUCAUUAGUUGUGUGGAAAUGUGUGAUACUUGUGUAUUUUUUUGUUUUUCUAUCAAUGGAACUUAAAUAAACGUUAUUAUCUUGGGUCAAAUCAAA